AUGGAUGUGAAGAUUAAGCAAAGUAUGCCCAAAGAUGUUGGUUUUGCCAAGGAAGUGCGAAUUCCAAGGAAACCUUUAGAGUUUUUAUUACCAUUCUACAAUCCAGAUGAAACUACGGUAGUGAAAGUCCUGAAGGAGCACGGAAAUCAUUUAUACGUAGCGUUUCUAGCUGGCUUAAAGACUACGCUUCACAGAAAAGAUAUCUCUUUAUACAAGAAUGGUAAAAUUUGUUACCAAAAAUACUUAAAGCGAAAGCGUCGAAUUGUAGAUGAUGACAGUGAUUAUGAUGUGAAUAGUUAUAAUGGGAUGAAGCAAGAUAGUUCUCCUACCAAACAAGAACCUACCAACCCUGUUCGGAAUCCCUCGAGAACUUUUCGUAGGUCUUCUUCAAAAGGACAGAGUAGUCAAGGAAAAGACCUCUUUGCAUCUUCGCUUCCGAAUGCAGAAACGGUAUUUCGGAAUAAUGAACAUGACCGUAAACGAAUCCAUCAGUCAAAUAAAAAAAAUAAGUUGGAAUUAUUUGAAAAAAUAUCUUCCAAUGAAGAUUCUGAUACCCUUUUUCAGAUCCCGAAUAAUUUAGACGAUGCCGCCUUGAGUCAGAGUCCGGUGAAGCCUAUCCCUUUAAUUUUAAAUGCUUUUGCUAAGUUCACACAUACGUCGUUGUGUGUCAAAUGCCACCACCAUGAGAGUAAAGGCGAUGAUCGAAAAUUUAUAUAUUGUAGAACGUGCACGAACACCUUCCAUGUGGAAUGUUCUGGGAUUUCAACUUUAACUAAAAUGCGCCAAGCUGAAAUUUCAGUCGAAGGUUACUCUUGCUCUUCUUGCUCAAAGUCCUCUGUUCAUGUACUCUUAAAUAAUUGUAUCUUAUCGGGUUAUGGAUUGAACGAUUCAUUGGACAUACCUUCGUCUUUUUCAUCCACCAAUGAUAAUCUUCGUUUGGUUUCUUAUACAAAAGACGUAAGGUUUCGUUGCUGGCGCUGUAGAAGAGUAUUCUACUUUUUCUAUUACGAUCAAAACCCCGAUACAUUCGCAUCAUCAAUUCAAAAAUUAUUACGACGACGAUUAUGUGAAGAAUGUGUCUCUUAUCCAGAAGAUGUAGAUGAAAUACUUGCUUGGCGACUACUUUUACCCAUUUCGUUACUAAAAGGUAAACCGGUAAAGAAUCCUUUAUCCUUAGAUCGUCCUGGGAUUUGGUCCAGAGAAUAUUACGUUCGACCUAAAAACCACUCAUAUCUUCAUUGUUUUUGGUGCUCUGCUUCCUGGUUAGCCAGCGUUUCAAACACAAAGAAGCGAAAUUUUGAUUCACGGGAAACGGACCCCCAUAAUGGAUCUCUUGAAAUAAUACCUUCUUCUCAUAUAACAAUUGACAAGGUUUGGAAUGUACGCUACAGAAAUUCUCGAAAGUUUGGUUCUAAAGAAAAACAGCUGCAGGCAUUAACUAAUGUUGAAAAAGCCUACGUUUCAUGGCGUGGAUUGCCUUAUUUAAUGUCUUCUUGGGAAUCUAUAACUGAUAUACACGGGUUGAAUCAAUGGAAGGCUUGGAAAGAGGGUUAUACUGAAUAUGUUAGGAUAUGUUGGAUAGAGAAAUAUCCCAAAUCCAGCUUAAUUGAAAAUACCGACUUUAACCAACUAGAAUUAAUUGAGCAACCCUCCUAUAUAUCUGGAGGAAAGCUUAUGCCGUACCAAAUACAAGGUGUGAAUUGGUUAUACUUUCAGUGGAUUCAACGGCAACAUUGUAUUUUAGCUGAUGAAAUGGGUUUAGGAAAAACCGUUCAGGUUAUCUCCUUCAUUAGUGUACUAUAUCAUAGACAUCAUUGCUUUCCUUUCCUUAUUGUUGUCCCUCAUGCAACGGUGGCUAAUUGGGAGCGUGAAUUUCAUAAAUGGGACCCCUCUUUAUUGGUUGCGACGUUAGUUGGAUCUGAGCGUAACAGAGAAGUUGUUCGUGAACACAGAAUAUAUCAGAAUGGUAAUUUUGAUAGCAUAAGAACACAUGUUCUUAUUAUUAGCACGAGUAGUGUUGACAGUGAAAUUAGCCUUUUAAAGAAGUUUAGAUGGCAAUGCAUGAUUAUUGAUGAAGGGCAAAGAUUGAAGAGUGAUCAGUCUUCUUUGUUUAACGAUCUCAUUUCAAUAGAGGCUACUUUUAAGGCAUUACUUACCGGAACACCGUUGCAGAAUAAUAUUAGGGAACUAUUUAAUUUGCUCCAGUUUUUGACUCCAGAUAAAAUUGAUGCCUCUGAAUUAGAAAGAGAGUAUGAACAUAUCGACGAAGAAAAAGUGAUUGAGCUUCACCAAAUGUUGAAGCCUUUCUUCCUUCGCAGAGUUAAAGAAGAAGUUUUAGAGAGGCUUCCUCCAAAGGUAGAAGUAAUCGUACCUCUCACCAUGACUCCUCUUCAAAAAAAGCUUUAUAAAUUAAUUGUCUCCAAAAAUGUUGACCUAAUUCAGAGUAUCGUUUCCAAAAGCCGUGCUAAAUCAAACUCCAACAGUUCUCGUGCUUCUUUAAGCAAUAUAUUAAUGCAGCUUCGAAAGACUUUAGCUCAUCCUUACCUUUAUUCACCUGAUGUCGAAGAAAAAGAUGUUUCCGAAGAAUUAAGUAUCCGUUCUUUGGAAGAAGCUAGCGCUAAAAUGCUUUUGCUUCGGCUUUUGAUUCCAAAACUUAUUAUGCGUGGCCACAGGAUCCUGCUGUUCUCACAAUUUGUUCAACAAUUGGAUAUCCUUGAAGAUUGGAUGGAUCAUAAAGAUAUAUCUUAUUCUAGAUUUGAUGGCACGACAACAGAACAUGAUAGGCAAAAAGAAAUUGAUUCCUUUAAUUCCCCUAAUUCGAAAAAAAGCUGCUUUCUUUUAACUACCAGAGCAGGCGGUGUAGGAAUUAAUCUUGCUUCGGCGGACACUGUGAUAAUUCUGGACCCUGACUUCAACCCUCAUCAGGAUAUGCAAGCUAUAGCAAGGGCUCACCGCUAUGGCCAAGAUAAAAAAGUUCUUGUCUUCAGUUUAAUAAUUAGGAACUCAGCUGAAGAAAAAAUCCUGCAAGCCGCACAGAAAAAGAUGUUGCUUGAUCAAAUUGUCGUACAAUCAAUGGGCGAGAACAAUGAUAAUGUUAUGGAUCUUCAUGAUGUUCUACAACAUGGUGUCCGAGCCCUUUUUGAAGACAACGAUGAUAUUCAGGCUAUUCGUUAUGAUGAGCAGUCCGUUGAAGAAUUAAUAACUGACGCAGAACAGAGGGAUGUAUCUCCUAACAGAAGGUCAGAUAGUAAUAAUAAUCGCACUUUCGGGUUUACUCGUGUUUGGGUGAAUAAUCAGGAAAAGAGCGCGGCUUUAGAAAAUGAUAGCCUAAAUAAGAGCGAAGGUCCAAUACAGGACGAUGAUAUUUGGCUAGACAUAUUACGACAACGAGAACAGGUCGCUUCAAAUAGUUCGUUUUCUAAUGAUGAUGGUCGAAAACUUAGGCAACGAAAAACAAUCGUUUAUGAAGAAGGUGAGUUUCUUAUUAGUUCUGAUGAAGAGUAUAAUGCGGAUAAUGUCUCGUCCGAUGGAUCUUCUUACGAUAUAAUGAUGAACACUCCAGAGCAAGCUGAAAAACAGAUAAACAACAAGGAACGUUAUGUCCCAUUACCAGUUACUGAAACUAAUCAAGGAGAACUAUUUGAGGAAAGAUUCCCUUAUGAAUGGAGUAGGAUGAGAGCUUUAUUAGCAGAAUAUCCUUCUCAAGAAAUACAUGACUUAGAUGCUUGUACGCGUUUGAAGGCAGCAUCAAAUCCCAUGAUUUUUAAUGAUCUCAACCAAAGGGCUAUUUGGAAACCACAGUAUGUUAGGAGUUUUCAGAAAGAUGACAGUUUAUUUGCUCAUAAGAAUCUCUUAGUCGCCAAUAGAAUUCCGAAGUUUGUUUUUGACAAUUUUCUGGCAACUUUCUUCGAUGAUAAAAGUAUUGCUUGCAAGUGUUGUGGGAUUGAACAUGUGCCUGGUCGGUGUCCAUUGAACAAGGUACCUUUAGAGAUUUGCUUUCUUUGCGGUACGCCGCACUUCAGUGGUAAAGACACCUGUCCUUUGCUCAGAGACACUACAACAGUGAAGAUUUUAAGAAAUUUGUUAGCGAAUUCUCGAGAGCCCCUACCAACAAAGUUGCUGGCUCUCGAAAGGUUGAAUGGCUACUUGUACAAGAAUGGUGGAUCAUCUUCAUAG